UCAGACACUGAUCCUAUAUAUAUGUAUUAAAAGAUGUGUCUCUGUCAAAUGUCAAUGGAUUACUUCUUUUUUACUGCAGAAUGACACUAUCAAGAAAAAAAAAAAAAAAAAGACUCUGCAGUCCUAGGCAUGAGCCUAGAUUUCAUUUUUACACACCUUAUCAGAGGUAGUACAGGUUUUCCAGACCCAAAAAGGGUUCUGUUAGCCUAGCUCAUCUAAUACUGUUUCAGACUGAUUUUAGACACACAAACACACACAGAGAGGGGCUUGUUUUCAAGGCAAGUAAUCAAAGAUGAGAAAGGCAGAGAAAUAAAGCAGAUUAAUCAUAAGGUUUUCAAGUGAGUUGUCCAAUGAGAAAAACAACCUUUUAUACCAUCUUUUAGAGGUUGGAAGGAAUCACUUGUUUGUGAAGCAAGAUCUCUCUCUACCAAUGCAACUCUGAGGGACUGAGAAAACCAAGAAAUUUUCUAGGUUGCUUCUUGGGGAAAUGGAAUUUGUUUUUCUAGGCCUUUUCUCCUUAUUUAUAUGCCAGCAGCAAUCAUGCAUGGCCUCAUCCAGUUUGAGUGAUCCAAAUACCUCUCUCUCUCUCUCUCUCUCUCUCUCUCUCUCUCUCUCUCACACACACACACACAGUCACACACAUUAUCACUAUCAUCAUUUGAGCUUUGAAGAAAUGAAGGGAAUUAGAUUAUGUUGUUUCCUAAUAGCUAUGCAAGUAUUGAUCAGUGGGGUAUGUGUUACAAGCAGGCCUUUUCCACCAAAUGAUGAUCAUGGUGGUGUUCAUCAACCAGGUCAAGAGUCUUUGCAAGCUACCUUGAGGUCUAAAGAGGGUGAUAAAAGCAUGGAAGGAGUAGGAAAGAUGAAUGACGAAGCAUAUAAUGAAGGGGUGAGGAAAAUAGGGUCAAGGCCACCAAGUUGUGAGCACAAGUGUUUUGGAUGCAUACCAUGUGAAGCCAUUCAAGUGCCUACCAACACAGGCCAUGUUGGUGUCCAGUAUGCUAACUAUGAGCCUGAGGGUUGGAAAUGCAAGUGUGGUCUUUCCUUCUAUACUCCAUAAACGACAACACUGUCAAACUCUAUCUCUUCUCACUCAAUAUGAACAUGUCCAUGCAUGUCAUGUGAUGUGAUGUAUAAUAGCUGGCUUAACAAUUGUGCUUUAUGAUAUUAUUCACCAUGUAUAUGUAAUUCAAGGUAAAUAUAUAUUUAACUACUAUGGUUAAUGUGGUUGCUCUAGUA